AUGUCUUCUAACCAGUACGACGCUCAGGCUUCUACAAACUACAAGGAGGCCUUCUCCCUGUUCGACAAGCGCGGUAACGGCCGUGUUGCCAUCGACAGCUUGGGCGACCUCCUCCGCGCCUGCGGCCAGAACCCUACCCUGACCGAGAUUCGCGACCUCGAGAAGAAUGUCGGCGGCGACUUCGACUUUGAGACCUUCCAGCGCAUUCUCAACCGCCCCGGCGGCUUCCGCGACCCCGGUGAACCCGAGGAGUACUGCCGCGGUUUCCAGGUCUUUGACAAGGACAUGACGGGCUUCAUCGGCGUCGGCCAGCUCAAGUACAUCCUGACCAACCUCGGCGAGAAGAUGUCCGACGAGGAGGUCGACGAGCUUCUCAAGGCUGUUGACACCAGUUCUGGCCAGGUCAACUACACCGAGCUUGUCCGAACCAUUCUCGCCAACUAG